AUGACUGACGUGAAACUUCCAUUCGGCCGAUGUUUGUGCAUUCACUCGCAUCUACAAUUUGUCGAUGUCGCUUUACAGUCUCUUCUGCUGCAUCACGGCGUGUUACCUGUUCCAUUGGAGACGAUCACCGAGACGCCUUCAUCGAGUCUUCAGAAAACGAUUAGAGGAAUUGAUGCGGUCCGAACAGAGCUGAAAGAAGUGUUUCGCUCGGCGAGAAGGCGCAAUGUUCAAGCGGUUCGUGUUCACAUUGGAUCAACUCCGCACAGACCAUCUUACGUUUAUGAGCUACCGGUCUCAAUUUGUGACGCUGACGAUUCGACAAUGAGCGAUUGUGGGACUUGUUGUCAAGAACUAACCAAUGCCGAAAAGAGGACCCUAAAUCGACACUUCUUCACAACAUUUCCGGUGCUCGGCGAAAAAGCGAAACCACACGAUCGAGCAUUUCUCUUCAUACAAACGACAUCAAAUGUGAUCAGCGAGAACUUGGAAGAGACCGAGCUCGACGUUGAAAGCCUCGAUUCGAAGACGAAACGAAUUCAUCUUAAACACGAGGGAUGCCAAAAACAAAGUGAGAAUCGAAGUGAAGAAUCGACGAAAAAUGGAUGGAUACGUGUUGUUCCAUUUAUUGUUUCGUCUAAAGAU